AUGAUCUGUCCCACUAAUCAAUCUUACUUUAAGUCGGGAAACUUUGAUGACCCACCAAGUCAUCCAGCCUCAGAAUCUCCUAUCGAAACCGCCGAAAGAUUAGUACAAGAUAUUCUAGAGAGAGGUCCUAAUUCAAACACCACAAUCAGCCCCUCGGGUGAACUCUACAGAGCCAUAAGUCGAUACACCGAAGCAAGACGAGCAGGAACACAAGCCCAACUUCUUAAUAAUCCGGAAACUAGAAAUAUGUCAUCGUCCGAACGUAGGAUCGAGACUUUACGUAGGGCCGAGAGACAGCGCAGGAUAGAAGGAAGACGCCCACAGAGACAAACCACGACGCUUACAGCCCCAGGGGAACUUGACGAAAAUCAAUGGGAAAAUUUACGACGCGCUGAAAUAAGACGACGAGAAUCUAGACCUCCUCCUCAACCAACGAUAAGUCGUCGAAGACCUCGCCUUUUACAAUCUGAUCGAUAUAUGGAACCACAGCGAGCUUUAAAUGAAGGUAGUUCCCUCAGCUCUGUACCAGAAGAUUUAAGACAAUUAGAAUCCGCAAGCUUGAACCUUCGAACUUUGUUAGAGACUCCUAUCGGAUCCAGGUUCUCCUCGCCAGAAUAUGUCGCCGAGGGGGAAAAUAAUCGUAGGGUCAAGAGGAGAAAAUUAGAUCAAGACAAUAAAGAGGAACCUUGGCAGGGUUUUAAGUAUGGGAGGUAUGGUCAAGUCGAACCAGGUACUCUACAGAUGGAGAUUGUUAGUUGCGAUGGGGGAUUAUUUCAAAGUUUCCCAGAAGGAGAAUACGGAUCGGACAAUGUUUUGAAAGAUGAUAAUACGGUCUAUUGCACUAAAAGUAAUCGUUGCAAUAUUGUCUUGAAGCAUCAAGGAGAAACCACUUUUUCUCUCACAGAACUGGUUAUCAAGGCACCCCAUAAAGGAUAUACAGCUCCAGUCCAAGAAGGAAUGGUGUUCAUCUCUGGAACAUCAAACGACCUCUUAACUCGUACUGCACAGUAUCAAAUUCAGUAUUCCUCACCUACCGGGAGUUCAGAGCGACCGCCAAUAAUGUCUAUUCGUCAUAAUGAUGAUGGUACUAGGACUAUGACAACAGCUCAAGCUCGUGCUGGUCGCCUGGUUGCAUUAGGUGCUCAAGAUCCUGAAUGCGAUUUAAACACUCCAUAUAUUGCACCCACUGCUCAGAUUCCGUCGGAUUUCACCAACAUUACGUCACCUUAUCAAGUCACUAUGGAAUGUAGUAGUGACUUUUCUGAUAAUGAAGAUCAGCCUCGAGGAAACAAUCGAGCUCAUAGGAUGAGGUUAAGGGAUAUGCCAGAUGAUGACCUUCGUCUUAUAGGUGAAAGUAGUGAGGAAGAUGACUUUCCAACAGGCUACAGACUUUCCGAUGAUGAACAUCAUUAUUAUUAUAUGGCAUCUUUACCAGGAAGUUUACGUCGACGUGAGACGGCUAGUAAUAUUACAUUAGCUGAAGCAGCCGAGGCAUCACAAAUCGCAACACAAGAAGCGGUUGCGGCUGUUGGUGGUGAACUUAUGGUUCCGCAUGCGAAAUUCUUUAUCGAGAGGGAUAAAAGUAAAUGCACGAUUAAAUUCAGUACGCCAAUCAGUGGGAAAUAUAUCUUGUUGAAGCUUUGGAGUCCUGAUGGGAGAUCAGACGGGAAUAUUGAUAUUCAAAGUGUAGUGGCUAAGGGAUUUGCGGGUCCAAGGUUCUUUCCUAAGAUGGAUUUAAUGUAG